UUAGUCAAAUUAAUUUUUAACUUUUUUUUUUUCUUUAUUUUACAAUUAUUUUUCUACAAUGGAUCCUUCGAACCAGGCGGGUGAAAUAAAAAUGAUAAAGGAACCGAGGUUGACGAAAGAAUUCACUUCAAGUUCACUGCUAGAUCUUAAAGCCCAACACCCAACCGGAGAGACGAAUGAGCCAGAAGAGACGACAGCAACGGAACAACUAACAGAGAUUAGCAAAACCAUCGAAAUUGAAGAGCUAAAAGUGAAUGAAAGCAGCGAAACUGAAUAUGUUGUCGACAGGCAGGAGGAGUCGGAAGAGUCGGAACAGUCUGGAGGGUCGGAUGAAUCAGAACAACAGUUCGAUGAGGUGGAUGUCUCAGUUAAGAUGAAAGAUGGUACUGAACUAAGAGAGAUUGAGCUGAAACAGUCGAAAGAACAUAACGAAUCUAUGGCGAAUUUAAACGAGGAUGAGGUAAUCGAAUCCAUUAUAUGUGUUACACCGAAGGGAAAGGAAACGAUUAAAAAAAUAUUGAGUGUGGGCGCGUCCCAUUUGAGCAGCCUGGAACGAACCGUUAACAUUAAGAGUGUCCCUCAAGAAAUAACUAUUCAAAAGAGAUUCAAGGAUCAGAUAAGUGAAGUACGAAAGGUUGUGUCUUUGGAAUCGAUGGAAGACGGUGACCCUAUGAAAAUAAACGUAACGCAAGAAAGCAACACCGAGUUGAUAAAUAGAGAAAACGUUCCGUUCGAUUCACAAUAUCCUUCCACCCGAUUUGAACUGAGUUUGGCAAGUGACCAAGCUGAAGACGAUCUAGAGGUUCAGAAAGGAAGCGGAGGCCUCUCAUCGCGUCAUAAAUUCUCACGUAUUUUAAACGAAAGGUACGGAGCGACAAUCGAUAAACUGCAGGCGGAAAUUCACAAAGAAUCCGCCAGAAAUAAGUAUUUACACAAACGAGUAAUUUUCGCCUUACGGAAAGUAAGCAAAUUAGAAGUGGGACUGGGCGAACCAUCGUCUGAACACAUAGAACACGUCAAGAAGUACAAGGUAUAUCUCAACGCCUAUCAAAAUCAAGAGGACCAACAAGACAAGCAACUGGCAGUAAUAGAUCAGGAGUUAAUGGGCUUCAAAAAAAUAUACGACAAACAACUCAUGGAAAGGAACACGACAUUCGAAAGGUUACAAGAAUUGGAACGCGAAACUGCCAACGGAUUGAUCAACACCAAGACGGGCAAAAAAUUAACCAAAGAGGAAAUCGACCGGCUCCUGUCUCGACAAAAGGAGAACCACCACAAAAUUUCACAAAUGCGCGUCAAGUUCAUCAAAUUGCGGAACCGAGUCAACGAAAUAAAGGCACAACUUCAAAAACUCGAAUUCAUCGACGAAAAUUUCCGAAUAUCCGACUACGAAGCUCUCAAGGUGAAGUCGCGUUUUUACGUUAACCACUUGGAGGAGCGGGAAGAAGAACUGAACAAGUUACGCGUAGUCUGCCAGAAUUCCAUACAGAUCCUGGCCCAUUUCAAGGAAAAGGCUGUGGCAUCCGAAGCUGAUCUAUCGCAGCUGGCCUACGAACUGCAGAUAGUCACACUGGAAAUUAUGCAAAGGAGAGAAAUCCUGAACUCGAUGAAACAGAGGCGGGACCGCAUCAGAUUCGCCACCAACAAUUUAAUCAACGAAUCCAAUUUACUGACCGAACGCGACCUGCUCGCCGACAUGGAGCGCAGCGGGGACGAACUGCUCGAACGGAAGGCCCAAUUGGAAAGUCUGACGGCCGAAAUCAAAGUGAAGAAGGAACAGGUGCGCAACAUCCGGAAGCACAUCGAGAACAUCACCGAGGAGAAGAAGGAUCAACUGCCCAACACGUCCGGUGUGGCCAAAAGGAAAAUUACGGGGAAAUCGGAGAGAAAAAUGAAUGUCAUAAGACUUCCGACCAUAAAUUACGGUCCUUACAGUAAAAAAUUGUAGUCGUUGCCAGAUUAAUUAGGGGAUCAAUCAAUAAAACUUUAUCACUA